CUUUGAACCCACCAUCAUGGCCACGAAUUCAAAUUGGAUUUGGAUUUUCGGACGUUCUUCGCUUUCACGGCCACUUCUCGUCGCUCUUUUCAUACUCGUUAUCGCUUCUGUCAAGCCCGUACACUCGUUAUCACUUUCAGUCACGGAUAAAGACAUAGAGCAAUGUCUUCCUGUGAAACAGCUCAGUGCAUUGAAAAUUCACCUGGAGGAACAAGAGUCGCCAAUAAUGCGCAAGAUAUUCGCUGUGCUUUUCCCUUUUGGCCCCGCAUGGAACUCAAUCCUUGGAACGUUCUACAUCAGCUCUGUUCCCAAUUUUAUCCUAGCGUUCAUCCCCGCUGAAAUCCACGGAGACACGUUGAACACUAUGACGGCUUUUGCUACCGGAGGCCUUCUCUCUGAUGUAUUUCUACACCUAGUGCCUCACUCGUUCAUGGGAGAACAUCAGGACCUGGGUGCUCACUUCAUCAUGAUUGAAGAAAAACGGAACAUUCUGAUUGGGCUUGGCAUAUUCUUAGGUUUUGCGUCGUUUUUCAUAAUGGAGAAGACCCUACGAGUUCUUGGAAGUGGAGGAGAUAAUCACGGUCACUCCCAUUCCAAAUCCUACGUUCCCGGUGAAUCCGAAGAUGAGACCUCCGGGAACUCGACAGCAAUAGCGAAAUCCGAUAUCAAAUCGCGCAAAUCGACUUCUGCAAAGACCAAUUCUCAGCCGGAGAAAGUCGCGCCAAGUAAUCGUAAUGGACCAUCCAAACUCUCUGCUUACCUCAAUCUAUUUGGAGACUUUGUUCAUAACAUAACAGAUGGCUUAGCUAUGGCAGCAUCCUUCUACGCGUCUCCGGUGAUUGGGGCUACUACUACUUUAGCAUGUUUUGCCCACGAGAUUCCCCAUGAAAUCGCCGACUACUCGAUUUUGAUCCGUAGUGGUUUCUCAAAGAGGCAGGCCAUGCAAUCUCAAUUUUUGACUGCCAUUGGAGCUUUCGUUGGGUGCGUUUUUUCACACCGCCGGUUCAAUGCGAAUGGCUGA